CACCACGUCAUCUUCCAAAGUUAUUUUAGGUAUAUUAUAUUUCAUUUUAAUUCAAUCAUCCGUCAAGAUACAUAUAAAUUAUAUAUGUUUAAUUCUCCAAGAUUUGUUAUAUGUUUAACGUAAUUAAUCUUUGUUUUGUGUUUAAAAUUUCCAUUUUAAUAUGCUUUAUUUGCGGGACAGUCGGAAGGACGUUUGAAUUGAUUACUGAUGAAUAUGGCCGAAAUCGUGAUACGGCCACCACGACAACCUUAAGACCUGUCACACCACCGUGCUUUGAAUGCACCACGCAGACUGCAGAACGUCCUGCAAAAUUAUGUGGCGAUUACGUAGUGACGUUCAAGUAUGCCUGCACGGAUGACCCGUGCCAUACAACAAACCCGUGUUGCACUCAUAAAUUCGGAUGCAAGAAAACCAAAACAAACAAAUCGUGCUACAUUGAACAAAUGGAAGCCGCGAAUAGAAAAAGCCAAGCUUCGAAUAUUGAAGAAAAAUUAAAUUAUUAACAACUACGGUUUCACAUAAAUAUUUUUUUCGUCUAUAAAAUAUUUAUUUUCUCGUUGUAUGUAAACCUAUUGUUAAUUAAUAAAAUAUUUAAAUUAAAAUGAA